CACCAUCUCAUGCUCGGUGUUGGGUGUUUUCUUGUCGUCGAGAUACCCAAUUACAUGACAUAGCAUGACCCAUUAUCAUCUACACGCUGUCUUCCUACCUAGCCUAGAAUCGACCCUGCAAAAUCUCGUCUGCGUCACUUGACGUCCCUUGAUAUUACUUACUACCUUGCUCAUAAGCCACCUAAGCGACCCAAGCUGCUGACAUACGAAACGCUCCUAGGCGCUCCUAUAUAGUUUUCACACAAAACCUACGCAGCUCUCUGAAAACUAGCACCUUGAGCUCCGCAAGUCACGCCUAAAUUUAUUUACCUACCAUUCCCCUCACACACACGCUUGCUCAACACAACAACCCAUCUUCAGCAUGGCGGCACCACACAAGAAGAAGAUCGCCGUCAUGACAUCCGGGGGUGAUUCCCCUGGUAUGAAUGCCGUCAUCCGCGCCGUUGUCAGAAUGGGAAUUCAUAUGGAUUGCGACGUAUUUUGCGUCUACGAAGGAUACGAAGGUCUCGUCCGUGGUGGUAACUACAUCAGACAGAUGGGAUGGGAAGAUGUACGAGGUUACCUAUCCGAAGGCGGCACUCUCAUCGGCACCGCCCGGUGUUUGGCAUUCUAUGAACGCCCAGGUCGUCUCCAGGGUGCGAAGAACAUGAUUCUCAACGGCAUAGAUGCACUGAUCAUCUGCGGCGGUGAUGGAUCUCUUACCGGUGCGGACAAAUUCCGUGCCGAAUGGCCAUCACUGCUGGAGGAGCUUGUCUCAAAGGGAGAAUUACAACAAGCACAGAUUGAACCGUACAAGCAUCUCAACAUCGUCGGUCUGGUUGGAUCCAUUGACAAUGAUUUAUCUGGCACAGACGCUACCAUUGGCGCUUACUCUGCCCUAGCACGCAUUUGCGAAAUGGUCGAUUACAUCGAGGCUACCGCUUCAUCUCAUUCUCGCGCCUUUGUUAUUGAGGUCAUGGGCCGCCACUGCGGUUGGCUUGCUCUGAUGGCAGCAGUUGCUACCGGCGCCGAUUUCCUAUUUAUUCCCGAGAAACCUAGAGAGGAUAACUGGAAAGAAGAAAUGUGCCAAGUUAUAAAACAACAUCGGAGUAUGGGGAAACGUAAGACGAUCGUCAUUAUUGCCGAAGGUGCUUUGGAUAAACAUGGCGAAAAGAUCACUCCCGGUAUGGUCAAGGAUCUCCUAGCCGAUAAGAACGGCCUAGCCUUAGAUACCCGCAUUACCACACUAGGUCACGUUCAGAGAGGAGGAACAGCUGUGGCAUAUGAUAGAAUGCUCGCUACUCUGCAAGGUGUCGAGGCUGUCAGAGCUGUGCUUGAGGCUACCCCUGAGACUGAAACUUGCUUCAUCGCUAUUACCGAGAACAAGAUCACCAGGAAGCCUCUGAUGGCCGCUGUCAAAGAGACGAAAGAAGUUGCAGCGUUGAUUGAAGAACAGCGUUUCAAUGAAGCUAUGGCCCUCCGCGAUACCGAGUUUUCUGACCAAUACAAGUCGUACACAAUGUCGGCGAAUACGGGUUUCAGCGAUGAGAUUCCGUGCAAGGAGAACGAGAAAAUGAGGAUUGGUUUCAUCAACGUCGGUGCUCCGGCGGGCGGUAUGAACGCUGCCAUACGCGCCGGCGUGGCUUACUGCCGAACCCGAGGGCACGAUGCCAUUGCCAUCCACAACGGAUUUGCCGGAUUUGCUCGACACCAUGGAGACGAACCUCUCGGCGCUGUUCGCCCGUUUGAUUGGCUUGAAGUAGACGGUUGGGCCAGCAAAGGUGGCUCAGAGAUUGGCACUAACCGAGAGUUACCCGAGGAAUCAGGCAUGGAGCACAUCGCUAAUCUAAUCAAGAAGUACAAACUCGAUGCUCUCUUCUUAAUCGGAGGGUUUGAGGCUUUCCAUGCAGUGUCGCAACUACGCAAGGCCCGAAGUCAAUACCCAUCGCUCUGUAUUCCCAUGGCUUUGCUGCCUGCGACUAUUUCGAACAACGUACCGGGUACUGAGUACUCUCUUGGCUCUGACACAUGCCUGAACGAACUUGUGGCUUAUUGUGACAAGAUCAAACAGUCGGCUUCUGCCACUCGGCGGCGAGUUUUCGUUAUUGAGACACAAGGCGGACGAUGCGGAUACAUCGCCCUACUAGCCGGUCUGAGUGUAGGCGCUAGUGCUGUGUAUAUCCCAGAGGAGGGUAUUAGCCUACAGAUGCUCACCGCAGACGUCAUGCAUCUGAAGGACGUCUUCACCAAGGACAAGGGCCAGACAAGAGCUGGAAGACUGGUACUCAUCAACGAGAAGGCUAGCGAGACAUACACCGCUAAACUCAUCGCUGACAUUAUGCGCGAGGAAGCUCACAACAGAUUUGAGUCCCGGGACAGCAUUCCGGGCCACGUUCAACAGGGAGGUGUUCCUUCGCCAAUGGAUCGAUGCCGAGCUGUGAGACUUGCCAUUAAGUGUAUACAGCAUUUGGAGAAGUUUGGCCCAAGGGCUUACGAAAGACCGGAGGAGAUUAAUCAAGACCCUAUGAGCGCAACCGUCAUCGGUAUCAAGCGCUCGGAGGUAGUGCUUUCUGCGAUGAAAGACGUUGAAGAAAAAGAGACGGACUGGAAGAACCGACGACCCACUGCAGCUCACUGGAUGGGCAUCAAAUCUGUUGUGGACAUCCUGGGCGCACGCGCGGACUACCCUAAACCAGUGCACAACCUUCAGGGUCUAGCAGCCAAAGACGCGAAGCGAGGUCUCUAAAGGGGAUAUACAGCGCAUCAUUUCGGAGUCGGGGGUUCAAGGAACUGGAUUCGGGUUCAGGCGGUAUUAAAAGGUUGGAUUCAAGAUGGUAUUGUUUGUUUG